AACCUUUUUCUAUUUCGUUCACUCCAAAGAACAUUCUUAAAGUUGCUUAAAGAGAGAGAGAGGGGCGUCAAUGGCUGAAAAGCAGAGGAUCUGUGUUACUGGUUCAGGAGGAUAUAUAGCUUCGUGGCUCGUUAAGUCUCUUCUCUCCCGUGGCUACACUGUCCAUGGAACCGUUCGAGAUCCUUGUGGUCGAAAGAACGACCAUUUGAAGAAGUUAGAUAAUGCUUCAAAGAAUCUUAAGCUUUUCAAGGCAGAUUUGUUUGACUAUGAAGGUCUUUCUUCAGCUAUUUCUGGUUGUUAUGGUGUUUUCCAUAUUGCUGGUCCUGUGCCUUUUGAAGAUGUUCCUCUCACAGAGGAACAACUGAUUAAACCAGCUCUCACUGGCACCAAAAACGUUCUAGAAGCAUGUACAGAAGCUAAAGUGAAGAAAGUUGUGGUUGUAUCAUCGAUUGCUGCUGUUGUUUACAACCCAAAAUGGCCUAGAGAUGUUGACGUGGACGAGAGCUGUUGGUCAGACACUCAAUACCUUUACUCACGUGAGGGUUAUUGGUCAUAUUACUUUCUUGCCAAAACCUUAAUGGAACGUGAAGCUAUAGAGUGGAGCAGAACAAGCUCAGCUGAUGUUGUUACGGUCUGUCCCUCGGUCGUCAUAGGCCCUAGGCUUCAGUCCACGCUUAACUCUAGUAGCUUGGGACUACUAAAUUUUAUAAAAGGCGGUGUAAUAUCCUUGUUGAGUGACCAACUCUAUCUUGUGGAUGUACGUGAUGUGGCUGAUGCACUAUUGCUGGUGUAUGAAAAUCAAGAAGCAAAAGGAAGAUACAUAUGCAACUCUCAUUCACUUCACAACAAUGAUCUUAUGGAGAAGCUGAUGAAUAUGUAUCCUAACCGCAAUUUCCCCAAAAGUUUCAGUGAGAGAAAGGAGAAGCAAGUGAAUGAGAAUAUACUUCGAAUAAGUUCAGAGAAGUUGAAGAAACUGGGGUGGAAGUUUAGGUCAUUAGAAGAGACCAUUGAUGACUCUGUUGUGAGUUUUGAAGCUACCGGUGAUCUUCCAAAGUAAUAAGCAUAGUGAAAGGAAGAGAGGCUUCAUCUUCUUCACUUCCUCAGUUAUAUUUUACUCUUGAAAUAAAAAGUGAUUCCAUGAAAAUGCUUUUUUCACCUCCUCAAGUCUACUAUUGUCUAUAUGUUCUUCUUUGGUA